UGAGGAGAGCAGCACAAACAAAACCUGCAUUUCAUCGCACGUUGUCAGCCUGCUGUGGAGCUUUCUGCAUUUGUAGGUCAAACGAAGCGGUCUGUAAACCACUUGUUACAGAGGACGGCCUGCAAUGCUGCAGCGUGUUUCAUAAUCAACCUACGCUUUUUUUGACGUGACAAGAAACACCCGGUCUGCCAUGAAUAACGGAACAGAUGGCAACUGCAGCGUCCCACCAGCAGAUUACCAGUAUUAUCUUUUCCCGGCCUUCUACAUCCCUGCUUUAGUCAUAGGUCUUCCAGGAAAUCUGGCUGCCCUCUUCGUCUUCACCUUCAGGGUCGCUCCCCGCACGGCCUUCAGCGUCUACAUCAGCAACCUGGCCCUGGCGGACAUCCUCAUCCUCUGCACUCUACCGUUUCGGAUCCACUACCACCUCAACAGGAACAACUGGGUGUUCGGGGACAUUGCCUGCAGGAUCACAGGGAUUCUCUUCUUUGCCAACAUCUACAUGAGCAUCUGCUUCAUGACUUGCAUCUGUGUGGAUCGCUACAUGGCCACGGUGCACCCGCACACUUAUCUGAGGCUGCGGAGCCACUGGUGGUCUCUGGUUGCGAGUGUGGUGCUUUGGUGUGCCGCCGGAGUGGCCAUUCUGGUCUUUAUCAUCAUGGGACCUCUGGAGAGCAACGCGGGCGAAUCUGUGGGCCACAGCUGCUUCGAGAACUUCGCCAAAAAAGAGUGGGACACGCGUCUGAGGCCAUACAGUGUGUUGGUGCUGGUCUUCGGGUCCCUGGUGCCCUCUUUGAUCAUCCUGGUGUGCUACCCACUGGCCGCCAGGCGCAUUGCCAUGAUAAGGACUAAAACAGCCCAAAAAGCAGUGAGGGUCAUUUACACCAUCCUGGCCAUCACGCUGCUCUGCUUCCUGCCCAACCACGUGGUGUACCUGCUGCACCUCCUUCGACGGAUGGAGAUCAUCCAGAGCUGCUCUGUUGCCAACAUCAUCCACGAAGCGCGGCGGGCCACCAUGGCCCUCGUCGUCCUCAACACGUGUCUGGACCCCGUGCUGUACUACAUCACCACCAGCCACUGCAAGUGGAAGCGAUUAAAGAUGACCUGGCUGUGGGGAAGGGUGACCAGGAACAGGGGUGUCUAUAUCAUCACAGUGGACUGAGAGGGGGGACAACACACACAAACUGUAAAUGUAGCUGUAAAUAUUGCUCUGAGCGUGCUUCAUCAUCACUGGGUCUGUACGUGUUUAUUCAAAAUGGCUUUAUACACAAAAUAAAGGCAUAAAUCAGAA